AUGCCCGUCCCGGAGCCGCUGCCGUGGAGCCCCCGCGGCAGCCCCGGGGCCGCCGCCGCCGCCGCCGCCGCGCUGGAGCUGCUGCGGGAGGAGGGCGCCGGUCCCCCCGCGGCGCCGCAGAAGAGAGACAUGCACGAUUUCUUCGUGGGGCUCAUGGGGAAGCGAGCAGCGGAGCCUGGGCGAGCGGCGGGGCGGGGAGGCGGCAGCCCGGCCCCCCGGUGCUCCCCGGGACCCCCCGCUCCCGGAGAGGCCCCGCUGCGGGCGGCCUGAGCGGCGGAACGAGCCCCGCACGGGGCUGUGUCCGGUGUCCCGGGGAUGGUGGGACCGGCUGCGGGAGCGUCCCGGGCUCCGGCGCCCACGGAGCCGUCGGGAGCGCGGCGGUGCCGCCCCACGUGCGCGUGUCCGUGCACCUGUGUACACCUGGACGUGUCCCGUUAUACACCCACCCGUGUCU